CUGCUGCGUCAUGACGCAGGCAGCCCGGAAGACGUUUGUUUGCUGUCAAUGCCAACGGCAAGGAGAAGACACCAAGAGCUAAAAGCCCGCAUUUGAGACAAGAUGGCAGGACUGCCCCGCAGGAUCAUUAAGGAAACCCAGCGCCUGCUUGCAGAGCCUGUUCCAGGCAUCAAGGCAGAGCCCGAUGAGAGCAAUGCCCGCUACUUUCACGUGGUCAUUGCUGGACCUCAGGACUCACCUUUUGAAGGAGGGACCUUUAAACUUGAACUGUUCUUACCAGAGGAAUACCCCAUGGCGGCACCUAAAGUUCGUUUCAUGACUAAAAUUUAUCAUCCCAACGUGGACAAGCUGGGGAGAAUAUGCCUGGACAUUUUGAAAGACAAAUGGUCACCAGCUCUGCAAAUCCGAACAGUCCUGCUAUCAAUCCAGGCUUUACUAAGUGCACCCAACCCUGACGACCCCUUAGCAAAUGAUGUUGCAGAGAAAUGGAAGUCCAAUGAAGCUGAAGCCAUAGACAUAGCCAAGACAUGGACCAGGCUUUAUGCUGGAAACAAAAACGAGGUGUAAAGCCGCUCAAGAAGUUGACACAAGUGAACGUCGAGUGUGUGAACACGACUCAUGUGCUGCCAAGACCUCCUCCUGCUUCACUUGCAUUUAAAGGACACGGCCUUUUAAUGUGUGCGUGAAAACAACUGCUAUACUGAGUGAAUCAAACGCACACACAAGUAAUAAAAUGACCUGACUUUGUCCUAACUCUCUACUAUUCAAUUGCAUGGGCAAAGGUUUUAGAUCUACUCACUUGGCUUUCUUUGUCCAUGGGGGGGAGGGAGGGAGGGAGGGGGGUGUCUUAUGUCCUACAUAUUUGGGUUGAUGUGCUUUUUUUUUUGUCUUUUGGGGUGGGGGGCAGAGCAUCUGACCGAGUGGGGAUGAGAUUGACUAGGUAUUGUCAAUAUAAUGUACUUUUUAUGUUUCUUUUAACUUUCUUUUGUUAUUUCAUUGCUUUCUUUGGUUUACUAAAAGCAGCUAACUACUACUAGUCCACUGUAUGUAGACUCUCACCCAGAUGGCUUUGUCGUGUGCAGCUCACCCAAUAGGACACUCGAGCAGUCAUCGCCUUGAAGUCAAUUUUUUUGGGGUUCAUUCGACUCAAGUUUUAGGACUAAAGCCCAAAUGGAGCCUGCCGCUGUCGCCGUUUUUAGUUGCUCUCGGAUUAACUGCAGGCCGUGUCGUGGGUACAGUGGGAAUUAAGGACCUGUUCUUUGUUUUAGCACAUACUGUAUGUUACUACACUAUAGACGCUUUUGUACUUUUCUUGCUCAUGCUCUACUAACUGUUCUUGCUCUUCCCUCCCAUAUGUCAUCUCAGCCAUUCUGUCUUGCCUACCCUCAGUGAUAUUUAUUUCACAACUGAGCCAUCUAUUUUUAUUUUUUUUUUGUUCUUCGGUGAUGUGAUUGGAAAUUGGGGUUCUAGAUUUGAGUAAGAAAGGCUAGAUUGUCGGUGGAAUAAAUUCAGAUCAGUAAAAGCUUGGACUCUGGACUGCUGAGAAUGGUCUGCAUUCAGUUCACUGUGUAAAUUCAUACUAUAUGUUUCUGAGGAGAAGUUUUCUUGCCUCAGACUAUUAUGUAACUGUUCACCUGCAUACUUGUAUGUUCUGUAAAUAAAUUCUGUUGAUUAAUA